AUGCGGCUGUUCACAUCAAAAGAGUUCGAACUCAAGUACGAGAAUGGGGAGAAGAAGAUCGAAUCGAUCAAAGACAAUGGAGAUAUCGAAGCGGUACCAGCCGCGCAAGUGGCAGACGAAAUCGACCCAGUAGUCGAGAAGCGCGUGCGACGAAAGUUGGACACGCACAUCGUCCCGUUGCUUUCCGCCUUAUAUCUGCUCGCUUUCUUGGACAGAUCGAACAUUGGAAACGCCCGUAUCGCAGGGAUGGAAGAUGAUCUCGGUCUCAGUAGUCCGCAGUACCAGUGGCUUCUGACCAUCUUCUAUAUCUCCUAUAUCGUCUUCGGGUUCCUCGCGAUAAUGUGGAAAGUGAUACCUCCACAUAUGUGGGCUGCGGGCUGCGUUUUCGUCUGGGGCCUCGUUUCGACCGUGCAAGCAGCGACAACCUCGUGGGGAGGAAUGAUGGCAUGUCGAUUCAUCAUGGGAGCUGCAGAAAUCGCUUAUGGUCCUGGUGUCCCAUUCUUACUCUCGUUCUUCUAUUUGAGGCACGAACUUGGGCUAAGAUGUGGACUAUUUUUGUCAGCCGCUCCAUUGGCAAAUACCUUUGCAGGCGCGUUGGCAUACGGUAUCACGAGUGGUAACCCCGGAAUGGCAAAAUGGAGAGUUUUAUUUCUGGUGGAGGGAUUACCGACAGUGGUGAUGUCCGCAGUCGCGUUUUUCUUUCUGCCAGACAGUCCAGAGAAGGCAAAGUUCUUGACAGAGGAAGAGAAGGCGGUUGCGAGAGCUCGUGGUGUGGCACAGGCUGGCGCCGCGACAAGAAUCGGAGGCAUCGACUGGAAAGAGAUUCUGGAAGGACUGAUGGAUGUGAAAGGCUGGAUACUCGGUCUUAUGUACUUCAGUGGAAAUGUCGCAUUCUCAUCCUUACCGGUCUUCCUGCCCACAAUUCUUAAAGAAAUGGGGUUUUCGAGUGUCAACGCACAGGGAUUGACAGCACCACCCUUUUUCCUCUCUUUCAUCACCGUUAUAGUUACAUGCUAUAUCGCAGACCGGACACAGCAGCGCGGCAUCAUGAUCGCAAUCCUUACGGCCAUCGGGGGAAUCGGAUAUGUGAUUUUGGCUACAACCAAGAGCGUGGCCGCCAGAUACUUCGGAGUUUUUCUGGCUGCUGCCGGCAUUUUUCCAGCUAUUGGAAAUGUUCUUCCAUGGGUCACAAACAAUCAGGGCUCUGAUACGAGGAGAGGCUUUGGUAUUGUCAUCCUGAACCUGGUUGGUCAAUGUGGGCCUUUGUUAGGAACGAGGCUGUACCCCACAUCUGAGGGACCUUUCAAAGUUGGAGAGGCUAGACUGGGGCUAGACCCACAUCCUGGGCACGGACAUCCAAUAAUAACGUCACUGCCAGCCAGGUUCAAGAUGAAUAUCGCAGGAACUCCACACUCUGCACUUCUUACGCGCUUUUCGCCCAACCGCCUUCGUGUCUCCGUCCCAGUGGCUCCUCACUGCUGCACCUCCUUGUCAUACAGCACUAGAUCUGUCAUUGUUAUCUCGAUACGCGCUUGCCCUGCAAUGGCAUCGAAUCCAGGCCCUUCGUCCGCAGGUGCUGCAGCACCUGGCAACUCGCCGCGUCCAGGGCUGGAAGCUUCAUCUGCGCCACCAAAGAAGAAGAAGACUCACCGUGGCGGAAAGAAGAGGCGCAACCGGCGUCAGUCCUUUGCUGCGGGAGCCGACCUGGCACAAGGCGACUCGAUGGAUGAACGUCCAAGCUUGGCCAAUGUCGCCAGCCAUGGCCAGUCGCGAGGAAGCAACGGCUUCUACCGCACCCACAGCAACCUCAGCAACACGAGCCUCGAGAGCGAAGCGCUCUUAGAUCACAGAGAACAACCGACUAUCCGAACGCGCAGACCGAGCGUACCUGUAACGUCCAUGUACCAGCCGAGGGCAAGUCAGUCCAACGCCAACGUACCCCAGCGCCUCCAAGCAUCCAACUCAUAUGGCCGCUCCCGGCUGUCGCAUACCCCUGAAGAGGUCCAAGAUAGUGAUGCCGACGAAGACGCCAACGACAGAACGCCCCUGAUGGCCUCUUCUCAGCGCGACAUCAGGACAGGCACUAGCUAUGGCUCCAACAGCGGCAAACCCCGAAGAGGAAGCAAGACGUCCAUGAAGAGCCCAAAGCAUAUGCCCAUGCCCGAACACAGGCCUGACUUGUUCACGCAACACCACCACUCUGCGACCAACCUCGACGAGUACGAUGUCAACAACCCCCCAUCUGUUCCCACCAGCCCUGCCUUCGAGGCCACUAGUGGCCUAGACGAUGUCAUGCUCCCGACAGAUUUAGACCACAUGUCUGACCCGGGAAGAGCCACCAGUCCGUCUCGGGAUGCGCUCAUCGAUAUCGAUGAGGAUGGUCACUCGGGUUCGCCUCCUGGUCCUGGCGACUUCAGACGCCGUAUGACGACUUCUGGGCUUGAAGACGUCUGCUUCCCACACGAGGCUAUGUCUGAGAUGGGACACGAAGACUACAUGAACGCUCCUACGACUGGCGAGCCAACGAGUCGCCGAAGACGCCGCCGCUGGCCCAAUCUCGACGUUUUACAAGCUUGGGCACAUGAGGAGAAGGAGCAGCGGACUAUUGAGGGCAUGCGUAUGCGCAAGGUUAGUGAGCCGCUCAUGGUAGAAGGACGUCUCCGACCAAGGCGACGCGUCUGGCAUCGCGAGGACAGCGACGCUCCUUACCGCUUUACCUACUUCAACGAGACUUUCGACAACACAAUUCACUCUCAAAGCAUUAGCGAACUUUUGCAACCCGGACAGAGUUUCAGGAACCUCUUCGUCCCUGACCCGCCAAUCUUGGACGAGGAUAGUGAUUCUUCGGACACGGAGGAUGACAUGCUGCACGCAGGCCCCAACGGCUACGCCUCUCGGACAACAACGCGGUCAACCUCGAAAGCAGAGGGCAAGUAUUCCUCUGGUGAGCAAACGCGCUCGACUACACCCCGACCCACAGACGCACCCAAGAACGAUCAACCUGAGGCCGAGAAGCCGAAGCGCUAUGGCCCACGGCCUGCCUGGUGGUUGGAUGUCAUGUCCCCCACGGAGACUGAGAUGAAGGUCAUUUCUAAGACGUUUGGCAUCCAUCCAUUGACGUCAGAAGACAUUCUGAUGCAAGAGCAACGUGAGAAGGUUGAGCUUUUCAAGCACUACUACUUCAUCAACUACCGUACCUUUGAGCAGGACGAGAACAGUGAAGACUAUCUAGAGCCUGUCAACCUGUAUGUUGUUGUGUUCAGAGAAGGUGUAAUAAGCUUCCACUUCUCUAUGACACCGCAUCCUGCAAACGUCCGUCGCCGUAUUCGUCAACUCUCAGAUUACCUUGUUCUAUCUCCCGACUGGAUCUCGUAUGCCAUUAUCGAUGAUGUCACCGAUGCUUAUGCGCCUAUGAUACAGAAGAUCGAAGAAGAGGUUGAUGAUAUUGACGAGGCUAUACUGCGACUUCAUUCGAGCGAAGAGGAACAGGAAGCUGAGAAAGAAAAGUCAUACAGCUACAACAAUCCGCACUACGACGAGCCUCCCGAGGUGAAGUCGCAGCAGGAAAGUGGCCGAGACAUGUUGCGACGCGUUGGAGAAUGCAGAAAGAAGGUUAUGAGCCUCUACCGCUUGUUGGGUAACAAGGCCGAUGUCAUUAAGGGUUUCGCGAAGCGCUGCAACGAGCAGUGGGACAUUGCCCCUCGCAAUGAGAUCGGCAUGUACCUUGGAGAUAUCCAAGAUCACAUUGUAACCAUGACGGGCAAUCUAGGGCACUACGAGAACCUCCUCUCUCGUGCUCACAGCAACUAUCUCGCUCAGAUCAACAUCAGGAUGAACGAACGUCAAGAAAAGACAUCUGACAUUCUGGGUAAGCUUACAGUGCUCGGAACGAUUGUCCUGCCAAUGAAUGUUGUGACGGGUAUCUGGGGUAUGAACUGUCUCGUUCCCGGUCAAGACAUUGAGAAUCUCAACUGGUUUUGGUCCAUUACUGGAGGCCUCAUCACCUUCGGUCUCCUCUGCUACUUCAUCGCAAAGAGAGUGUAUGGUAUUGUUUGA